CCCCCGUGGCGCCCAACCCAAAUUCAAACCAUCACAAAAUCUUCUUACCAAUUGCGGGAAAAAAACUUACACAAUGUACUCCAUAACCUCAGAUCAUCUUCACCGGCCAGAUUCCGAUCAACAUCUCCGGCACCGUCAGCACCUAACAACAACAUGCUCACAAGGUCACACAUCCUCUCUAAUCCUCCAAACCCUAGAAGGCGGAUCCAUUUGCUUAAUCUGCCUAUCAAAUCUCAUCUCAAACCCUAAUUCUCCAACCGUUCACGUUUCAUACGCACUUUCUCAGCUCUCUCAGGCCAUAUCUCAACCUAAUUUUCUCCACAAUCUUCUCACAUAUCAUCCGCAUUUUCUCGUUUCUCCUCUCGUUACUACAAUAUCUCUGUUUGAAGAUGAAGCGAUUGCGAAACAGACGAUUGAUUUGGUUUUGGAACUGUGUAGAUCUGGUAAUUGUGAGGUUUAUGGUGAGUUUGUUGCUAGGGUUUCGGAUCGGUUGUCGUCUGGUGAGUUAGCUUGGAGCAGACGUCAGGUUUAUAUGCUACACUGCUUAGGUGUUCUAUUGGAUUCUCAGAAGAACGAUCCCAACACAUAUAUCAAGGACAAGGAUGCGCUUUAUCUAAACCUUGUAACAGGUCUCCAGUUGCCUAGCGAAGAGAUCCAAGGCGAGAUUCUAUUUGUUCUGUACAAAAUAUGUGCCAUCCAGCAUGCAUGGUUAGGUGAUACCAAUGGUGAUGUCGUAUGUGGCCACACUUCAUUGAUCUUGCGUCUGUCAUUAGAAGCCCUCUUGAAGACCCAACGUGAUGAUGUUCGUAUGAACUGUAUAGCACUAUUGUCCGUGCUUGCCCGCAGAGGAUUCUUCGAGAAUGUAUUUGAAGAUAACAAUGAAGCAGACAAUUUUAUGGAAACAACUGAGCAUGGAGUAGAAAAGACUCCUUUGAAUCUCCUGUUUGCUGAAGCCGUAAAAGCGCCUCUGCUUUCUUCAGACUCUGAAGUUCAAACCGCCACAUUAGAUUUAAUCGUCCAGUAUUUGUCUUGCGGGGGCGUUUCAGAAAAAGAGGUCCAGGUUCUCGUUGAGGAGAAUAUCGCUGACUAUGUUUUUGAAAUUUUACGAUUGUCAGGGUGCAAAAAAGAUUCUCUUGUCACCUCAUCUCUACAGGUUCUCGAUCUGUUAUCAGUGGCAGAGGUACCUUUCAAACAAAGGCUUGCUAUCGGGUUCACAACUAUGGUUGCCGUCCUACGUUACGUUGCCGAAGUUCCUUUUCAUCCCGCUCAAUUACAAUCUCUAAAAAUUCUAUCAGAAUGUGUUUCAAACUGUCCCGGAAUCAUUUCAAGUUCCAAUAUCGAAGAAAUAAGUCUUAUAACAGCAGGAAUGCUAAAGAAACAUGUUGAUGGGGAUGCCAACAUGUUUCCGGAAAUAUUCACCGUAGUUUGCUCAACUCUUGUAGCUCUUAUUAAAUCUCCGUCUUCUCACGGAGCUCCAAGCAUUGCCAAAUCGCUAGAAGAUAUAUCAAGGUACACCAUCACAAUUUGUUUGAGCUAUUACGGAGAACAUCUGUUCCAAAUGCUACACUCCCUUUACCUACUGAAAGUGGCAUAUGAAUAUAGUUUCGAAAUUAGACCCAACUAUACGGUUUUACGCGACUGUAUAUUAGACAUAUGUGUAACUAAACUAUUGCCUUGGGUUUCCACAAAUAUUAACGAGAUCGAUGAGGAUGUUGCAUUGGGUGUACUUGAGUUAUUUCAGUCGAUACUGAUUCCGUCUGAUUUCCAACCUAAGGAAUUUGCGGAUGUUUUGGUUUCAUCCUCGUGGUUCGGUUUUUCGUUUGGAUGUUUAGGCCUUUUUCCUACUGAGAAGAUGAAGUGGAGAGUUUAUUUCUUGUUGAGCUCUAUUGUGGAUGUGAUCGUUGGAAAUGACUCGGGUCAAUCCGUUAGAGAUGCUGCUUCGCAUCUCCCGUCUGAUCCUACGGAUUUGUUGUUUCUUCUCGGGCAGAAGGGUGCUCAUAAUCAGGAAGUGUUGUGCUGUCAAUCGGCGGUUUUGCUGAUAUUAUAUACCAGCUCUUUGUAUGAUGAUAGGCUUGCAGAUGAUAGAAUGGUAUUAGCUUCUCUAGAGCAAUAUAUUUUACUUAAUAGUUCUGAAAUCUUAAGUGGGAUUAUCAAACCACUGAUAACGGAAGUACUCGUAAAUCUAUACGCCCUUUAUCGGGGUCUGGCCAAGAUAACAUACCAGAUACCAUACAGUCAAGAUGCCGAAAAUACCCUUUUCCAUCUUGUAACAGAAAAAGGAACCGAAAUCCUAUCAACAAGAACUCACAGAACAGCAUUAAAAUGGUUGUUUCAACAAGAGAGAAUUUGUAAAUAUUUAUCUAGUCAAAUUUUAAGGUGGUGUAGAACAUGUAUUGUCUAUGGAAACCAGAUUGUUGUUUGCAAUGAUACCGAAACCGUAAGUAUUAAAGAAAUUGCUGAGUUGGUAGCUUCUGAAGACAACUAUGCAGCCAAACUAGUAGUGUGUUUGUUAAGAGAGCUUCUAGAAGAAAAUGGACAUGAAGACGACAUUGUUCUAAUAUUAAACAUGACUGUCUCAGUUAUUACCUUAUUUCCAGCUGCUUCAGGGCAAUUAUGCUUAAAUGGAAUAUCCCUCGCAAUCCAGAAUGUUUAUCGUUAUCAUUCUUCGUAUGGAGAGAUAUUCAAUGCUAAUUGUCAACUAUUUUUUACGAUACUACAGUCGGUUAACUCAGAAUCACUUUCAGAUGAUGAAGACUGGCUUGCAGUUGCAACAGAGUUGAUGCAUUACCUGAUCUCUACAAUCACUGAAAAUGGAUGCACUCAAGAAGCUCUCCUAGUGAUGGGCAUUCUCUGCUUAAUUUUGCAUCACUCUCUUCACCAGGUCCUUCUAGAAGCUUCCAAGACCAUACUUUUGAACACUCGAUUGAUCGCGUUAAUUAAUAAAACGAUCCACGAUGCUUGUUUAAAAGGACCUGCAUUGUAUGAUCAUGACGAGGCAACACAAACCGGAGAAUGCCUAAUAUUUUGUCUCUUGCUAAACUACUUCUGUCUCAGAAGUGUGCAUGCUGUUCUACCAGGGAUUGAAGAUGCCCAAAGCUUACUCGACAGUGAAAACCGAAACCAGCAGCCAUUUUUCUAUAUCAGCAUUCAUUGCCAUGACUUGUGCAGGCUUCUUCAUUUCGGGUCAACGCCAGUCAAACUCAUAUCUUCAUACUGCCUGCUCGAACUAUUUCAAAGAAUAACAGAACAAAAAAAUAAAGAACCCGAUAAAGUCAAAGUAAAACAAAAUACUCAUCAUAUACGGUCCAUAAUCUCCAUCCUACAAGGCUCAAUCUUCCACAGUGACAUCAGGGUGGCCACAAAUUGUGCCGUAUGUAUAUCAAUGGCUGUUGAUUGGGAACAACAAGUUGAAACCAUCAACUGGUAUCGAUUGAUAACCGAAGAAUUGGUAAUGACUUUGGCUGUUUCGGGCCGGGUAUCAAAAUCCAUCAUGAUUCAUCACAAGCCUGCAGUUGAGAUAGCAGUUUUGAUGCUUAAACAACAGCAAGUUCCAGAAUGGAUAUCUAACAUGUUUGAUGAUUCCUGUAUAUCUGGUAUCAUUCAAAACCUUUCAGCAAGUAAUAUAACGUGCGAGAUGGUGAUGUUAUUCCGGGAGCUUAUUCGAUCAGGCCAUCUUAAGAACUCCAAGCAUAUUGCUUGCCUAAAUCAGCUUUUUCAGGCUUGCAGAAAACGUGUUUACUCGGAGGAUGUUAAGGAUGAUGAGACAGAGGAGAGGAAGAUGGUUGUUUUCCCUGAUGAGUUGGGAAAAGUUUAUGAGGUGAUUAUAAACUUGAUUGCACCUGAAUCAUCUCUAAAUGAGGGACUAUUGGAAGAAAUAGAAGUCUUCUGUGAAACUCUGAUGGAAUCAGAAUAAAAUAAAUAUGAUUGAAUCUGGAUAUGCAUAGUGUUUGGUUUUAAUAAAAUCUAAAACAAAAUGAAACCAAAAAAGCAUGUACAUCGUACAAACUAUGUUCAGUUUAAUUUGAGGUUUAUACGUUUGGUCUAAAAAGCCGAAAGACAAUGGGGUAUAUGCACCAAUCGGUUUU